GGCGGCACUUCCUCGACAAGCCGGAAAAAAAGGCUUUCCUGUGACUGGCAGCUGGAUACAACCUUCGGAAGAAGCCGGCUCUUCUUUUCAAGAUUUCGUUAAAUAUAUAUAUUUUGGGGUUUAUAUAUGGCGACCAAAGGGAUGAAACUAUACAGUGUGUGUUGUUUGCUUCUCUGGGUUAUUACUACAGUGUUUGCCGGGCGAGAUUUCUACAAAAUCCUUGGGGUGAGCAAGAGUGCAUCAAUCAGGGACAUCAAGAAAGCCUACAGAAAGCUAGCCCUGCAGUUACACCCCGACAGGAACCAAGACGACCCCAAAGCUCAGGAUAAAUUCGCCGACUUGGGUGCUGCCUACGAGGUGCUUUCAGAUGAGGAGAAAAGGAAACAGUAUGAUGCAUACGGAGAAGAUGGACUUAAAGAAGGCCACCACAGUUCACACAAUGAUAUCUUCUCCAGUUUCUUUGGCGACUUCGGUUUCAUGUUUGGAGGCAACCGACAACAGCAGGAUCGAAACAUCCCCAGAGGAAAUGACAUCGUACUUGACCUGGAGGUCACGCUUGAAGAGGUCUACGCUGGCAAUUUUGUAGAGGUCGUGCGUAACAAACCUGUCGCCAAAGAGGCGCCCGGAAAGCGGAAAUGCAAUUGUCGACCGGAGAUGAGGACCACGCAGCUUGGCCCGGGCCGCUUCCAGAUGACGCAAGAGAUGGUGUGCGAUGAAUGUCCCAAUGUCAAGCUGGUGAAUGAGGAGAGAACACUGGAGGUGGAAAUUGAACAAGGUGUGAGAGAUGAGAUGGAGUAUCCCUUCAUUGGGGAAGGGGAGCCUCACAUCGACGGUGAACCCGGAGAUCUGCGUUUCCGCAUCAAAGUGUUAAAACAUCGCGUCUUUGAGCGCAGGGGAGAUGACCUGUAUACCAACGUAACCAUCUCCCUGGUGGAGGCACUGGUCGGCUUUGAAAUGGACAUCAUUCAUUUGGACGGACACAAGGUACACAUAGUGCGGGACAAGGUAACCAAGCCUGGUGCCAGGAUGUGGAAGAAAGGCGAAGGCCUGCCCAACUUCGACAAUAUCAACAUCCGUGGGUCUCUUAUAAUCACCUUUGACGUAGAGUUCCCUCAAACACAGAUGGAUGAAAAACAGAAAAAUGGUAUUCGGAACCUGUUGAAGCAAGGCUCCAUACAGAAGGUAUACAAUGGACUACAAGGCUACUAGCAUAUGCUGCUUGGACUGGCACGUACAUGACAAACAACAUGCAAACUACAACAGCAGCAGUAGCAGGACCAGCGUGACCUGCACUACGUUUUCUGGCCGAAGUCUAUUUAUGUUUUGUUUUCCCAACUCAGGAUGUCUUGAAUUUAUUCGUUUUUACAUUUCAACAAUCUUUUCUGUGCACCCCCCACUUCCCAAAACCACAUUUUUAGGUGUAUUUAAGGUAACAGGCUAUAUAAAAGAAGUGGGCGCUGGGGCCAGUUUGAUUUUGUAAUAAAUCAAACAAAUCCACAGACAGUUUGCUCUUUGACUUUUACACAAAUUGGCAUUAUGUUCACAACCAACAGAGGUUUUAACGGGAAUUCUCUUUGGGCCUCAAAGGCUACGUCCUCUUCUUUUACAUAGUCUUUUGUUCCAUUCACACAUUUUGUUCAUUGCUGAAGAACCAGCACACUUACAUGUGAACAACAUAGCAAUUUGUUAAAUUUGCACUUCCUAUGAUGCCUCUUUUUACUUUAAUGAUAAGCCCCUCACCUAGAUGGGAUAAACGUUUCAAAUGCUGCACAUUUAUCAUGGAUCAAAGAUUAUUUUCCCCCAUUGUGUUUUGCAAAAGUGCAACGCUGCCUCCAACUGUGAAUUAACUAGUCUUUUGUUUUCAUUCCGGUUUUAAAGCUGAGUGGGCUUAACUAAUUUUUGGGGAGUAUGAAUAAAGAUUUCUACCGGUUGUGA